GCCAGGGUUCCUCCGGUACUGUAGUGACGGACUGAUAGAGUACAGCUGAGAAGAAAUACGUUGAGCUACUGUACACUUACUCAAAACGUCUCUGACUUAGUGAAAGAAGAAAAAAACACGACGCUUUAAGGAGUCGUUGCAUGCUGCGUUCAGACACAACGCGACUGGAAUGAGAAGACGCGCAAAAAAAGUUUUUAACAAGACUUCAGGAUGCACUGGUUAUUGUUCCCCAAUGUAGGGCUGCUUGUUUGUUUUCACAGCUAUAUAUCAGCCAACACCCUUACAUACAAUGAGUCCUGCUAUGAGUAUCUGCCUGAUAACCUGACAUGGAACAGUGCAAGGGAGCUGUGUAACAAGCGCUCUGGGGCUUUAGCCGAUGUCUCCAACACAAUAGAGAACCAAGAGCUAACCAGCUUUUUGAUAUCCUUGAACAUCUCUCAGCCUGUGUGGAUAGCCGGGAAAGUCGUGACGUAUCAUACAAGUUCCUCCAAGACCCUGAUUCUGGAGUUCACCGGGCGCUCGGACAGGAAGCAUGCCCGUCUCCUGCACAAGUUCCCCUCCAUGGGCUCAGUGACUGUUUGCACCCAUCUGCGCUUCGACCCAAAUUGCUUCGGAAUUUCCACCAUAUUCUCUUAUUCCAUCCAGUCAUAUAUUAAUGAGUUCCAGCUCCGCGCGAACUUGAUCCAGGGCAAGCCUGUGCAGCUGGCUCUGCUGGUCCAUGGCAUUCAUGGACCUUACCAAGAAGCUUUCGCCCACGACGACUCCUGGCACUCGGUGUGCGUUUCUUGGAGCCACAAUGGUGGACGCUGGGUGCUAUUUACUCAUGGCCUUGAAGCCUCCAGGGGCGCUGGCUUAAACAGUUCUGAUACCAUUGGAUCUGACGGCCUUUUCAUUAUCGGGCAGGAGCAGGACAUCUUUGGGGGCUCAUUUAAGAAGGAUGAGUCAUUCUCGGGGAGCAUCACAGAGCUGCACAUAUGGGAUCGGGUACUGUACAGCAGCGAAAUCUACAUCAUGGAAAUGCAGUGUUCACCCAUUCCCUCUGGGCUGGUGUUCAAGUGGAGUGGAGCAGCCAUGGAAAUAGAGUCCUCCCUUACGAAGCUAUGGAGAGACAGCCCAUGUCAAGGAACCUUACCAAAAUCAUUGUUAGAUUCCAUUCUGGAUGGAAAUUCUUUGCAGAAUCAAACUAUAUCCUUUGAGUUGUUCCACGUCCCCGAGUCUGAUGAGGAUUGUGGCAUCUUUGACCCUAUUAUUGGCAGACGGGGCCUAGCCAAGUGUCACUCAUUGAGAGGGGCUGUCUGCCAGUUUAAGAAAGGAGUGCUGGAUGCUAUGACGUUACCAAAGACACCAUUCUUCAGUAGAUUGAGCAAGCAUCCUCUGACCAAACCUGUGAUGGAGGAGCUCAGUGUCAACACCUCUUCAGACAGCGAUCUGACCUUGCUGCAGCAGCUGACCCAAGCUGUUCUGCAUACAGUGGAGGCCGGUGGCCUGAACCUCCUCACCUCCAGUGAUGUCCUUUACCUCACCCAGAUGAUUGAGAUGGACCUGUCAGCACUGGCUAGCACUCACUCUGCCGGAGCUAACGCAGCAGAGAUCAUGGUAUCCAUUGCUACCAACUAUGUAAAGGUGGCGAGUUUGAUGCUGGAGCCCCACAUGGCUACACAGUGGAUGGGCCUAACAGAGGAUGGGGUCAGUGUGGGGCCAUUUAGUGUUGUCAAGAGCAUUGACAAUCUCACCGAAAUUCUUGCAGACAUGCUGUCUGCUGAGGGGAGAGGCUUCACUCUUUCUACCAAGAACAUAGACGUGUACAUGAAGUGGCAGAAGCUGUCUGAAGAGAACUGUAGUCAAGUCUUUAAGCCAUCUGCGGUCAGCUCUCACACAGCCAGCAGCAGUGGUCAGAAUGAGUUGCUUAUCCCUGACAUUGAGCUCCAGAGGAUACACACACUGGGAUAUGAGGAAGUGAUGUUUAUUCAUACUCACUACAGCCAUCUGAAUGAGAUUAUGUCUGGACCACAGGAGCCUCCACUGAGAAACCAAGAGAAAGUAAAAAGAAUUCUACCAGGUCACCUGGCUUCCGCUGUCAUAUCAGCCACCGUCCGCGAUAUCUCCAAGGCCCAAACCAUCCCUGUGGCCGUCGAGUACACCCUUUCCUCAUCACAUGUGGUAGAGUAUUCACAGCGUCCUACUCCUGUUUGUGCCUUUUGGAAUUUCAACUUGAUGCAUAAUCAUACCAAUAGCUGGUCCAGUGAUGGUUGCAGGGUGACUUUUGCCCUCACUGGUAUCACUUCCUGCCAGUGUAACCACACAACCAACUUCGCAGUGCUGAUGAAUUACCUGGAGUCCAAGUGGAGUCCUGAGGAAGAGCUUAUUUUGACCAAGCUGACGUUCAUCGGCUCUGGAGCGUCUCUGUGUGCGCUGGUGGUGACCUUGAUGCUGUUCACUGUGCUGGAUAUCCCCAAAUCCGACAGGACGUCCAUCCAUAAGAACCUGUUCAUCGCUCUGAUCUGUGCCCAGGUGAUUCUACUCUGCAGCGGCUCAGCCAUUCACAACAAGGUGGCGUGUACACUUGUGGCUGCACUGCUUCAUCUCUUCUUCAUGGCAGCAUUUAGCUGGAUGCUGGUGGAAGGUCUGCUGCUCUGGAGUAAGGUGGUCGCAGUCAACCUAAGCGAGGACCGACACAUGAAGUAUUACUAUCUCAUCGGCUGGGGUUUGCCGGUGCUGAUAGUCACAAUCACUUUGGCAUCCGCCUCAGGGAAAUACUCGGCCGAUGGCUACUGUUGGCUCAGUGUCCAGAAUGGCAUUAUAUGGGGAUUCGCUGGGCCCGUCAUCUUCAUCAUCAUGGUUAAUAUCAUGGUACUCACCAGGGUGGUGGUCAUCACCAUCUCCACAGCCAAAAGAAGGUCCAUCAUGUUGGCCAUGGGCACCAGUCCUGUGGAACAAACCUAUGAGCAAAUCAGGGCUGCAGUGAAAGCAGUGUUGGUGUUGCUGCCCAUCCUUGGAUUGACAUGGCUGUGUGGCGUCUUGGUGCCUUUCUCCAUUGUCAUGGCCUACAUCUUCAUCCUCCUCAACUCCCUGCAGGGCCUGUUCAUCUUCCUGAUAUAUGGGGUGUACAACACAGAGGUUCGGAGCACGGUCAACAGGAUCAAGGAGAGGAGAAAAGCGCUUAAUUUUUCAAACUGUGCCAGUUCCCGACCAUCCAGCUCAGUUACCAGCUCUCGUCCUGUGAGUUUCCGACUAGGAACUACCCCAAGCCAGGAGGAGGAGGCCACUCCUACCUACACUUGCAGCAACACUCCAGGCCUGGGAAAGGAAGAAGAGAGGACCAGCGGUCAGCUGUCCAUUCCUUGUGUUCCAGAGAGACUAGAAAAUCCCUUGAGCCAAACCUCCAAAGGCACGCAUCUGCAUAGAAAGGAGCUUCCUCCCUCAAAGGUGGAUGCCUUGCCAGCUAGUUGUAGUCUUCACGUUCCCAUGGAGCUGGAGUUCAAAGCUUCCUGUUUCCCUCGCAGUCCUGCGCCUCAGAAAAGCUAUGGCCUCGUCUACGUUGAUUGACCUGGCUGGUGACGGUGAUUUCAUAUUGUGAUUCAGUUUUUAAUCAGAGUUGGUGAAAUAUUCUCUUUGUAUUUUAGCUGCUUUUUUCUUAACCUUUCAAUUUUCUGUCAUCUAUGAUCAUUGUAGAGACGCAGGAAUAUUUGGUACAUCUGUGUCCCUGAGUAUUGCAUACUUUAAUUUACUGUUUGUAAGUAUUUUCAGUGAUUGCUGAUUCUGCCUUAUAUAUUAACAUUUAUUUUUAUAUGCGCUGAAUGAUAAUGUAAGCUAAAUGAUUCAAAUAUAAUUUUAAUCUAAACUAAUUUCAGUUUAAUUUUAGUUUUUUGCAUUUGGUUCAUUUGUAUGUUUUUCAGGGUGUAUUCAUGGCUUCACUUGCUGUACAUUUGCUUGUGAAAGCAUUACUGUAUAUUGUCCAGGUAUCUUUGUAGGUAGUACUUCAGUACUUGUGAUGCAUUAGUGUUAGAUACAGAUCAUAUAACUGCAGUGUCCCAGGUUGGAUUCAGGUGGACACUUUUUCACAUGCCAUCUCAGUCUCUCUCUCCCCUGUUACUUUCAAACAAAGGUCCAGAACGGCACUGGGGAAGGUUAUUGUACUGCAUUUCACCUGAUUUCUUGCUUCUAUCUAUCUACAGAAUACAUCUGUUCACAGACAAAUAAACAAAAAUGCAAUUCAGCCACUUUUCUUAACAUUCAAAUAAAUAAAUAAAAAAACUUCCUGAUUCCCAGCUGAUGCUGGUUGUCAAAACUGGAGUACCUAUACUUAAAAUUUUGUAUCUACAACAUAUAUUUAGGGCGGGAAAUAGUUUCAUGGGCUUUACCCUCUACAUGCCAAU